ACCUUGGGAAUUCUUCCGGGAUUUAUUUUAUCAACAUGGCUGCUUCGUAAAGCAACUUGUAUGUUUCCGUUGACUACAUUGCACGCAUUUUAUUGAUAGUUGUAGGUAAAUAUUUGCACUUAAACUAUUAGAGUAAGCAGUCAGUAUGUUUCAAGUUAUUACCAGAAGUACCCCGGUAAUCCGGCUUCUCGCCCCCCGUGGAGCCGUGCUUGUGGAGGCUGUCCGGGGUAGGAAGACCCGCACCGACCCAAAGGCCAAAUCCAAAGAGGGGCGCAUCAAAACGCCCCCUCCCGUCGACCCGGUGGAGAUGGUGGUCCUCAGGGAGAGAUUCACUGAAUAUGACCUGAUCAUGAGAGCGCUGAGGCUGGAGUUCAAGGAGGAGAUGCUGAGGAAGAGGUAUGAAGAGGAGGUGGGCUCCCUGGCGGAGGAGAGGGCGAAGCAGGAGGCGGAGGAGCACCGUUCCCUCAUGACCUGGAACCAGGAGGAGAAUCUCCGCAUGCUCAAGAUCAGGGAACUGAGAGUUCAGAAAGAGGUGGAAGCUGCUGAGGUCAAGAAGACAGAGGCAGCCAUUCUGCGAGAGCAGGCCAUGGAAAGCUUUGUUAAAGAGAAGGGAGAGGAGAUAAUGCGGAUUCAGGAGGAGGCCAAGAGCUUCAUCAACCUGGAGAACCUGGACCAGCGUAUUGAGGAAGCCCUGGACAACCCUAAGAACUAUAACUUUGCCAUCGACAAAGAUGGCCGCGUGGUGAAGAGGACUGUGCUGCAGUGAGAGAGACUGAGGAUGACUGGAAGUGUAGAGUUAGACUUCCCCCCCCCCCCCCCCCCACUAUGGUUCAGGUUAGGAUUGUGGGAAUGGAAGCUGAUUCUGGAUCUGUACCUAAGGGAAACUUCACCUCGGAGCCUUUGCCAGAGGCCUCAGAGGAGACUGGCAAGAUAGUGAGCUCGUUUGACAAAUCACCUUGCAUCAUAAAUAACUAUUAAUUAUUAUUCGUAGAUCGGUCAGUCCGUCACAAUGCUCUGGAACACGGCCAUUUGGGAAAAAGCCCGUCUUCCACCCACCCCCUCUCUCCUCUGUGACCCCGGAAACCGUUGCGAUGUCGAGAUGUCGAUUUGUUAGUAGGCAAACAGAAGAGGCCUCCUCCCCUCCUCGAUAACCACUUUUCAUUGAUUAUAGGCAUGUGUAUCCUACCGGAGUCCUUCACUGAACAGUUGUGCUAUCUGCCCACUUGGAAACAUCUGUUGUUUUGUCAGCGGAGAAAAGCAUGAACAUGUUUAAAAACAAUAUGCUCCUUUAUCUAGAAAAUGUCUUGCUCAACCAUGAUGUGGUUAGCUGGGGUGUAGUCAUUUGUCCAAGCCCUAGGAAAGUGUGGCGUUUAUGUUAAUUGGGGGGUGGAAUCGAUAGUUACCUAUCGCAAUGUUAUUUUUUUGACGAUAUUACACAGUGUACAAAACAUUAGGAACACCUACUCUUUCAUUGACAGACUGACCAGAUGAAUCCAGGUGAAAGCUAUGAUUCCUAAUUGAGGUCACUUGUUAAAUCCACUUCAAUCAGUGUAGAUGAAGGGGAGGAGACAUGUAGAUGAAGGGGAGGAGACAUGUAGAUGAAUGGGAGGAGACAUGUAGAUGAAGGGGAGGAGACGGGUUAAAGUAAACAUUUUAAGCCUUGAGACACUUGAGGCAUGGAUGAGAGUCAACAUGGGCCAGCAUCCCCGUGGAACGCUUUCGACACCUUGUAGAGUCAACAUGGACCAGCAUCCCUGUGGAACGUUUGACACCUUGUAGAGUCAACAUGGGCCAGCAUCCCUGUGGAACGCUUUCUACACCUUGUAGAGUCAACAUGGACCAGCAUCCCUGUGGAACGCUUUCUACACCUUGUAGAGUCAACAUGGACCAGCAUCCCUGUGGAACGCUUUCUACACCUUGUAGAGUCAACAUGGGCCAGCAUCCCUGUGGAACGCUUUCUACACCUUGUAGAGUCAACAUGGACCAGCAUCCCUGUGGAACGCUUUCUACACCUUGUAGAGUCAACAUGGACCAGCAUCCCUGUGGAACGCUUUCUACACCUUGUAGAGUCAACAUGGACCAGCAUCCCUGUGGAACGCUUUAGACACCUUGUAGAGUCAACAUGGGCCAGCAUCCCUGUGGAACGCUUUCAACACCUUGUAGAGUCAACAUGGGCCAGCAUCCCUGUGGAACGCUUUCUACACCUUGUAGAGUCAACAUGGGCCAGCAUCCCUGUGGAACGCUUUCUACACCUUGUAGAGUCAACAUGGACCAGCAUCCCUGUGGAACGUUUGACACCUUGUAGAGUCAACAUGGGCCAGCAUCCCUGUGGAACGCUUUCUACACCUUGUAGAGUCAACAUGGACCAGCAUCCCUGUGGAACGCUUUAGACACCUUGUAGAGUCAACAUGGACCAGCAUCCCUGUGGAACGCUUUCAACACCUUGUAGAGUCAACAUGGACCAGCAUCCCUGUGGAACGCUUUCAACACCUUGUAGAGUCAACAUGGGCCAGCAUCUCUGUGGAACGCUUUAGACACCUUGUAGAGUCAACAUGGGCCAGCAUCCCUGUGGAACGCUUUCAACACCUUGUAGAGUCAACAUGGGCCAGCAUCCCUGUGGAACGCUUUAGACACCUUGUAGAGUCAACAUGGACCAGCAUCCCUGUGGAACGCUUUCAACACCUUGUAGAGUCAACAUGGGCCAGCAUCCCUGUGGAACGCUUUCAACACCUUGUAGAGUCAACAUGGGCCAGCAUCCCUGUGGAACGCUUUCAACACCUUGUAGAGUCAACAUGGACCAGCAUCCCUGUGGAACGUUUGACACCUUGUAGAGUCAACAUGGGCCAGCAUCCCUGUGGAACGCUUUCGACACCUUGUAGAGUCAACAUGGACCAGCAUCCCUGUGGAACGUUUUACACCUUGUAGAGUCAACAUGGGCCAGCAUCCCUGUGGAACGCUUUCUACACCUUGUAGAGUCAACAUGGACCAGCAUCCCUGUGGAACGCUUUAGACACCUUGUAGAGUCAACAUGGACCAGCAUCCCCGUGGAACGCUUUCGACACCUUGUAGAGUCAACAUGGGCCAGCAUCCCCGUGGAACGCUUUCUACACCUUGUAGAGUCCAUGACCCGACGAAUUGAGGCUGUUCUGAGGGCAACUCAAUACUAGGAAGGUGUUCUUAAUGUUUUGUACACUCGCUGUAUAGUGUUACUGUAAAAGGAGACCGCCUGCACCUGCCUCAGAACUCCGGUACUGUUCAUCCUGUAGCUUUCUCUCCAUCUUCUCCAUCUUUAUUUCCAAUUGAUUAAAAAAAACGUGUUUUCUAAUGUUCUCUCUUGCCUCCGCAGCAGACAUACAGUGACCAAUAUGUUUGGCAAGGUCCCUCACUAUGGUGAUAAUAUCGUAUCGGGAGGCCCCUGACACUUCACAAACCUAGUUCCUAUUAAGACAAAUUCAGGUAGGUCCCGGACCUGUUUCGUUCGCUUCCAUUUUUGAUUUUGAUUGGUUCCUAGUGACCUGUUAAAUACUUUGUCAUGCGUGUUAAUAUCUGUCAUGCGUCUGCGAUGUAUUCGGACAGGAACUCAACCCUUAAAGGAGGACAGUCUACUAUGUGGGGGGGGGGGUUUACAGGUUAUGAAAGCUCUGUACAACUUCAAUCUAUGGACUUCUCAUCUGUCAAGUACACAAUGAGAACGUUAUGUAAUAAAUCAUUGUUUCUUCCUGA